AUGGAGUCGGUUGUUCUGGAGCACUUUGUAGAGAAUUGGGAAGGAAGAGAAAGUUUAUUUGCUUAUCACUUGCUCAAGCAACUUACUUUCUAUGUUGCCUCUGAUUUGCUCUUCGGUUUGAAAGACCCUAAAGAGAAGGAAAUUCUUAAUACCGAAUCUAUUACACUCAUGAAGGCAAUCUGGUCUCUUCCUUUCAAUUUCCCAGGAACCACUUUCAACAAAGGCUUAAGAGCUCGUGCUCGUGUAGUCAAGAGACUUUCUUCCCUGUUGAAUUUGAGGAGGAGGGAGAUUGCAGAGGGAAAGGCUAUGCCAGACCAAGAUUUAAUGUCAUGGUUGAUAACUAUGAAGGAUGACAUUAAUAAGUCACUAACUGAUCAGGAGAUCAUCGACAAUUUGAUCGUGCUCAUGAUAGGAGGUCAUGAUACUACUGCUGUUCUUUUAACCCAGCUUGUUAGAAUGUUGUGUCUCAAUCCUCAUGUGUACAACAUCGUACUCCAAGAACAAACAGCGAUUCGAGCAGCAAAGCAACCAAAUGAACCGCUGGCAUGGGAGGAUAUUAAAAAAAUGGAAUACAUACAGAAGGUUGUUUAUGAAACUUUACGUAUGGUACCUCCAGGUGUUGGUGGAUUCAGAGUGACAGUUCAAGACGUCCAAUAUAAUGGUUAUACUAUUCCUAAAGGCUGGCAGUUAUUUUGGGAGACUAGCACUACUCAUUUCAGUGGAGAAGUUUUCAAAGUGCCGGAUAAAUUUGAUCCAGCUCAUUUUGAUAAUAAAUCUCCACCUUAUAUUAUACCAUUUGGAGGAGGUGCUAGACUUUGUGUGGGAUAUGAUUUUGCGAGGAUGCAAGCAGAGAUAUUUGUGCAUAAUUUGAUAUCCAAAUAUAACUGGUCUAUGAUAAAUCCUAACAAGAAAAUAAUUUGUGAGUCCCUUCCGGUUCCUGGUGAAGGAUUACCUAUCAAGCUUCAAGUUAGGGGAGAUUAG